UACCGCCUAAUGUGUUACAGGUGUCGCUGAAGGUUCUAAUUGACAUAAAGGAACUUGUUCAAAAAAGUGUUGGCUAGUGCAAUUUCCAAGUUCUAUUUUAGCAUCUUUACUUCAAAUUGAAAGGCAAAUUUCCACCAAGUGGACUCACCCGGAAAGACAAUUACUGAUACCAGUCCAAUGCAACGAGAUUGCUCAAAAUGUCUGGAUGUGGAUCUGCUUGUGGAGGAAGGACAUCAACCUGAACAGGGCACACAUAACAAUAAAGAGGAGGCUGGUGCCGCAAUGUGGUUGCGGCUCUCGAGGAGGCGUGGGCCGCGGAAGGGGCCAAAGAACACUGAGUGAAGAGAGGAAAUGAGAGUAGACAUGGAGUAGGAAGCAACUGCACUUUCAAGUAAAAGCGGACAGGCAGGGUUCUUGGAGAACGACUUCGUGCAUGAAGCCUUGUCCCGCAUGAUGACCCAAACUGCGCUCAACAAGGGCAAAUGGAUGAUCCUGAGCCGCCACUCCGGAGGUGUGGAGUGACACAUGAAGGAGCACGGCAGAAAAAGCGAGGUGACGUUGGGAGGCGUACUCUCUAACGGCGGACACAUCGAUCCCAAGCUCAGCCUGAGACCUCAACAAGGUCGAAAUCCAAUCUCCAUCAACAUGACUCAUCCAGUUCCAAGAUCUAGACAAGAGAGACUGUCGUUCUGUUUUAAUUCCAGAAGUGGAUGUGACUAGGACACACCAGGAAGUGUCCCGGGCAUCCCUUCCCUUCGCUUCCCUUUCUGAAGCCCGAUGUUUCUUUGUUUAAGGAUCUUUUGUAGAAAAAUCCCUUCCCAAAUCCUCAAGUAAGUCUCCCUCAAUGCCGAGUGAGCCCUGCCCUCUAAAACCUCCAACAGGUUAAGGCUCUCUCCCUCGGGAUGGGCAGCCCAGCAAGGGCUCCUCUUGGUGGAUUUGGCACCACCACCACCUCCCUGGAGGUCACCGGAUGGACAUCUUGGCCGGGGAACAGCUCCCUGGAGCUCAACCAGAGUCUGGCCAUGGCGACGGGACUUGGCGCCGUUGGUGCGGCAGCCAUGAGCGCGGGUGUGGACAACCUGACUCAGGAAAACGUCACCAGCUUGCCCAUGAAGGAGAAGAAUUGGCCUGCCCUCCUCAUCCUGGUCAUCAUUGCAUUGACCGUCGGUGGCAACAUCUUGGUCAUUUUGGCUGUGUCGCUGGAGAAGAAGCUCCAAAAUGCCACCAAUUUCUUCCUGAGGUCUUUGGCAGUGGCGGACAUGUUGGUAGGCAUCCUGGUCAUGCCCAUCUCCCUCAUCAACAUCCUGUAUGACUAUGCCUGGCCCCUACCCAGCACCCUGUGUCCUAUCUGGAUCUACCUGGACGUACUCUUCUCCACCGCCUCCAUCAUGCACCUGUGCGCCAUCUCCCUGGACCGCUAUGUGGCUAUACGCAACCCAAUCGAGCACAGCCGCUUCAACUCCAGGACCAAAGCCAUGAUGAAGAUCGCCGCUGUGUGGACCAUAUCCAUAGGUGUUUCCAUGCCCAUCCCGGUGAUUGGCCUCCACAACGAGGACAAAGUCUUCGUCAAUGGCAGCUGCGUGCUGAAUGAGGAACGCUUCAUUCUGAUCGGCUCCUUCGUGGCCUUCUUCAUCCCGCUGGUCAUCAUGGUGGUGACGUACGGCCUCACCAUCCAGGUGCUGCAGAGGCAGGCCACCGUCUUCCUGUGCGAGGCCAAGACAUCCUCCCAGCAGCCUUUGCAGCCGCCCGCCAUUAGUGCCACCUUGCAGCCGCCCGCCUUCCACCUCCCACAGAUCCACACGCAUGCCCCCCCGGAAGAGCUGAAGCCGCCCCCCACGCAGAGCCGCCGCAACACCCUGAGCUGCCUGAAGGGGGUGGACCCCAGCAUGCUACUCAGCGUCUCCACGUCGGAGAGCGUCAGUAUCGUUGCCAGUUCGGAGGCAACAUCGCAGCUGAGCUCGCCGGCAGCUGGGCCCGGGAGGAGCGAUGCCUCGGGUUGCCAUGGGCGACGAGGAAUGAUGCAGGCUAUCAAGAACGAGAGGCGGGCCUCCAAGGUGCUGGGAAUUGUCUUCUUCCUCUUCCUCAUCAUGUGGUGCCCCUUCUUCAUCACCAAUGUCGCCUUCGUGCUGUGUGGCGGCUCCUGCAAUGAGUCCCUACUCCACGAACUGCUCAACGUCUUUGUGUGGGUGGGCUACAUCUCGUCGGGGGUCAACCCGCUGGUCUACACGCUCUUCAAUAAGACCUACAGGAGAGCCUUCUCCAGCUACAUCCGAUGUCGCUAUAAUAUGGGCACCAACGCUGCCGCACAGGGUUGCAAGAACCCACCGGGGGGAGCAGCAACGUCGUCGUGCCCCUCGCAUGCCAUCACGCCCCUGCUGGCGGACAGCCACAGGAAGGAGGGCGUGGACCGUAACAGUAACUGUCGCAAUGGUGGGCGGGGGGACAAUGGGCGGCUGGCCAUCGACCCAGAGGACACCACGGACGACGGCACCCAAAUGGGGGGCACGUCGCAGAGUCUCUCAGACUACCACAACAUCAGCGCUCUAUCAGAGACAGAGGCGGAGACGGAGGCGGAGCAAGAGCUGUCGCUUAUCAGCUACAGCCCCGCCUCCAGGGUGCACACAAGCAGCGUGUGAUGCCGCUAUGUUUGGAGUCUUUAAGCUGGUGCUCGUACUCAGAAGACUGUGCAAGGAGGCUCAGGGGGUCAGGGCGCCAUCCAUGCAGGAGUCAGAGAGGUCAAAGGGCACCAGACUUCACGAGAAGCAAAUUGACUUUUGUGUGCGCGUGCAAACCAGCAAAGAAAAUGAAUUUUCUUUAGAAAUGCAGUUGACAGGCAUUAAGGAAUUUUGGAGAACCUCUGGUCUCACAGCGUCCUCUAGUGGCCACAGGAAGAAUGCAUCAACAACAACCCAGCACCUGAAAUGUCCUUUUAUAAAAAAAUAACAAAAUGUAUUUUAAAAAAUGGAGAUGAAGGAAAAACUAGAUACUUAGCUUAGAUGAAUCAGAGAUAUAUAUACUGUAGGUCUUCCUCACGUUUGCCAAGGGAAAUUGAGAGAAGUCACACAAUGGUGGCAUGUCAUACUGGAGCCACCGCCAGCUUUUUCAAAGGCAGGUCAAAGGUCAUCUUCUUCUAGACAUGGUAAUGUCGCCAGCAGCACCGCAGAGCCGCCUCAUUCAUGUUUCUCACACAGCGGAAGGUACCAUCACCUUUUUUUCCCCCCAAGCCAAGGUCAAAGAGCAACAGUCAGAGAUGACCAUUAGAAUGAUGAGCAGGAGUCAGCUGAUUCUGAUUCUAUGAUCCCUUCUUCACAAACCAGGACAAGGACUGAGGGCGCUCCACCUCAGAGCAGAGGCAUGGAGGAGGUGGGCCUCGUCACACUGUCACUGUUUGUGGAAGUUAAUGACUGCAUUGCCGAGAACUGAGGAGUUAUGUCAGGGGUGUCCAAACUUUUUCCAUUGAGGGCUGCAAGUUCAUACAAAUUGAAAGGUGUGUGUUGGGAGGCUUCAACACAUUUUCUACUUCACUUUUCCCUAAUCAAUCAAUGAAUCAAUCAAUAACCUUAACGCUUUUGGCUUAGUUUUUACACUUUGACGACAACAAAUUGUCCAUAUAGGUAUGAAUGUGAGUGUGAAUGGUUGUUUGUCUAUAUGUGCCCUGUGAUUGGUUGGCGACCAGUCCAGGGUGUACCCCGCCUCUCGCCUGAAGACAGCUGGGAUAGGCUCCAGCACCCCCGCGACCCUCGUGAGGAAAAGCGGUAGAAAAUGAAUGAAUGAAUGAAUGGUAGGGGCCGAGGCUGCACGGUGAUGGAGUGUUUAGCGCAUGGGCCACACAGCUAGGAGACCCGGGUUUGAUUCCCCCCGGGCAUGUCUGUGUGGAGUUUGCAUGUUAUCUGUGUUUUCUCUUUCCACAUUCCAAAAACAUGCUAGGUUAAUUGGCGACUCCAAAUUGUCCAUAGGUAUGAAUGUGAGUGUGAAUGGUUGUUUGUCUAUAUGUGCCCUGUGAACAUAAAAAAACAUGCAGUCCAUUUUAUUAUAUGGAACGUAAGGACAACAAGUAUAACUUAAUUUUAAAGGGGGUUGAAUGCAGUCGACAUCGUAGUGAGGAUAAUGUGGAAUAUGCUGAAACAAACAAAGCAGCAGGCUACACUUUGGACACCCCUGAGUUACUGGAUGCUAAUAUGGGGAGAGCAGAAAGUGCCACAAAAUCUAAGCCUCUGAGGGGAGGCUCACUGUGUCACACUUUGAAGACCCCCGCCUCCAGAGGCAUUUGGUUUACUGGCAGAGUUUGAGGAACAAGAAAAAGCCUGUCUCAUGAUAAAAAUCUUUAGUUUUGUCAUCUUGUACAUCAAAAGCUCCCAAUCCAAUUCGGAGAGAAUGUGUCCACGGUAACGUAUGAAAAUUGAUUUGACGUUUUUAAAUGAGAAGUCAGAGCAGACUUUUGGUUGCCAAGCAACAAGAUCAAAGAUGUAUUGGCCUAUCUUUCUUUGAAGGUGCUGCUCACAAUGGUUUACCUGAGGCCCCUCCCCCUUGCAAAAAAAAAAGCACAGCAAUAUAUGUUUUAGACUCCAUUCAACUCUGCCAAUAAACAUCAAGGAAAAAGUAAGAAUUGGGCUCAUUAUACUUCUUCUUUUUAUAUAUAUAUAACAUUUUUAUUGUGAAUGAACAUAUCUUCUUGCGUUUAUACAAUAAUCACCCAA